GCCGGGGCCGGGCCGCUCGGUGCGGGGCGGCCAUAAAUCACGGCGGGCAGAGCCCCCGCCCCGCCGCCGCCCCCGGGACCGGGCAGGGGGGGCCCAGCCCCGCCGCCGCCACCCCCGCCCCCAGCCCCUGCGGAUGUGGCGGAGCGGCCCGGCCGCCCCGCACCGGCCCCGGCACCGGCCCCGGGGGGCCCCGCUCCGCCGAGCCCCGCACCCCGCCCCGCUUCCCGCCCGGCGCUGAGCCCCCGCCGCAGAGCCCACCCCGGCACCAUGCAUUCCCUGGAGGAGCCCCUGGACCUCAAGCUGAGCAUCUCCAAGCUGCGAGCUGCCCGCGAGAAGCGGGGCCCCUCCGGCCCUCGCCCCCGCGCUCCGCAGCGCCCGGACACCCCGCCGGCCGGGGAUGGCCGAGGGGGCGGCCGUGGGGGGCGCCGGGCCGUGCCAGCCCCGCCGUCCCCCGGGCUCCUGGGACACUCCAGGCUGCUGGAGCCGCGGGAUGGACGCUUCCCGGCCGCCGUGCCGGUGGUGGACCUCAGCCUCUCGCCCCGCUCCGGGGGGGAGUCUCCGGCUGGCAGUGCCUCGCUGUCCCCUGAGCGCCAGGGCAGCGGGGACCUGCCCGGCCCCCUCACCCCACACGAUUUCCAGUCCCUGCGCUACAUCGAUGGCCUCCCCAGCUCCUUCCAGUUCUUCCUGCCGCUGGGGGCUGGGGGGGCCCUGCACCUGCCCCCCACUGCCUUCCUGCCCCCCAGCAAGGAGAAACGGCUCCCCCCCGAGCUGCCCCUGCCCAAGCAGCUCGUCUGCCGCUGGUCCAAGUGCAACCAGUUCUUUGACCUCCUGCAAGACCUGGUGGACCACGUCAACGACUUCCACGUCAAACCCGAGAAGGACGCGGGGUACUGCUGCCACUGGGAGGGCUGUGCCCGCCAUGGCAGGGGCUUCAAUGCCAGGUACAAGAUGCUGAUCCACAUCCGGACGCACACCAACGAGAAGCCGCAUCGCUGCCCCACCUGCAACAAGAGCUUCUCCCGCCUGGAGAACCUGAAAAUCCACAACCGCUCGCACACAGGUGAGAAGCCCUACAUCUGCCCCUACGAAGGCUGCAACAAGCGUUACUCCAACUCCAGCGACCGCUUCAAGCACACCCGCACCCACUACGUGGAGAAGCCCUACUCCUGCAAGAUGCCGGGCUGCCACAAGCGCUACACCGACCCCAGCUCCCUCCGCAAGCACAUCAAAGCCCACGGCCAUUUUGUGUCCCCCGAGCACCCGGAGAUGCUCAAGGUGCACCCGCCUCCCAAAACGCCCCUGGGCUCGGCGGAGGUGCCGUACGUUAACGGGGCGCAGCUCGUCAUCCCCAACCCCGCCGCGCUCUUCGCUCCGCCGGGGCUGCCGGCGCUGCCCAUCCCUUUGGCACCGGCACCGCUCGACCUCAGCGCCCUGGGCUGCGGGGCUGCGGGCGCGCUGCCCGCUCUGCCCGGGCCCGUCCUGCCCCUCAACGGCGGCCCCUUGAACUUGGCCAAGAGCCCGCUGCUGCCCUCGCCCUUCGCGGCGGGGCUGGGGCUGCCCGUCAUGUCGCUGCUGGCCGGCGGGGCCAAGGCCGAGGGGGAGAAGGGCGGCGGGGCCGAGGGGCGGCCGCCCAAGGCGGGCAAGGGGCUGGAGAGCCGCAAGGAGCGGGGCGAAAGGACGGAGCCGGGGCGGCCGCGGGUGCCCCCCGAGAGCCUGGCGCUGCUGCCGGGGGCCGUGCUCGACCUCUCGGCCGGUGUCAGCUCGGGGGGCAGCCCCGAGGCGCUGCCCCCCGGCUGGGUGCUCAUCCCCCCCGGCUCCCUGCUGCUCAAACCCGCCGCUGUCAACUGAGGGGUCCGACGAUGCCCGGGGUCAGCCGCCGGCCCCGUGGGCAGAUCCCGCUCCCUGGGGACGGGGGGCUCGGCCGCCUCCUCCCCCUGCAGCCCCGGCGGGGCCUCGCUCGUGCUUUUACCUGUCACGAAAGAAGAACGGACUCUUCUGAGAAAAGCAAUAAUCCCUCGGCGGCCGGAGCCGGCUGCGACCCCAUGCUGGGGGCAGGUGGGGCACAGGGGGGUCCCCCUGCCCUUUCCCCGCCCCUCCCCGGCCCUGGGCAGCCGGAUACGCCGCUAUUUAUUUCUCGACCAGCCCCCUGCUCCGACAGGGUCCCGCUUGGGCUCUCCUGCUCCCGCUGACACGGCGUCUCCCUGCCCGAGGCCUCGGUGCUGCUGUGGGGGCUGCAGCCCCCGGGCUCCUGCCGCACGGACAGCGGGGUGACAGCCGGGGGAACCGCCCGCUCCCGCAGCCCCGAGCCGUGCCCGGCCGUGCCAUCCCAGCCCCGCACGGCCGGCAGGGCCGCGGGCAGUGCCGCAGCCACGGCACCCCGUGCCGGGCCCAGCUGGCUGGGCACUGCCGGCCUGCCGCCCGCCUCCUCCUCCUCUCCCGUCCCGCCGCCUCCCCGGCCCUCCCGUGACAAGGCACACGGCCGCGUGUGCUGCUCGCCGGGGGCACAGCCCCCCUCUAGCUACGUUCAUACCUAACCACACCGCGAGCGCAUGCGGGCAGCGCGGGCACCGGCUGCGGGCACCCGGCCGCUCCUCGGGAUGCUCCCGCUGAGCCCCGGCCCUGGGGCAGCGCGCCCAGCCGCAGCACGGGCGCACUCGGAGCCCCCCCCGGGGGUCACACACAUCGUCCCGCUGGCUCCGAGCCCCGGGGGUCUCCCCGGUGUUGCCCUCCCGCGCUGGAGGAGCCCCCGUGCCCGCAGGGAGCCGGUCUCCCUGCCCUCGGCUGCCCUAGCCCAGCAUGGCCGCGGGCCCUCGACCAGGCCGCCCCGGCCGGUGAAACGUCUCCUCGCUCCUCGUCGGUUUGUUGUUGCACAUUCCAGGACAUCAGUAUUUUAACGGUCUCGAAGUGCCUUUCUAUCGUAGUUUCUGGGUUGUUUUUAUUUUCCUCCUGUUGGGCUCCAUCGCUGUUAGCGUAGCGUGUAUGGACUGCACAAGUACGAGAUAAGCUAACGACUGUAACACUAUAUUCGUCCAGGGGAGAGGAAGUUUAUUAAGAAAACAAUAAAGUGAAGUUGAAGUAA